GUGCUAUUUGGAGGAUUAUCCUGUUUUGUAUGGGUUUAAACUUUAAAGGGUGGGAUUUGGUUCCAGUGUAGUUGUCUCCGCCCCCCCCCUCCUCCUUCGGCCACCUGAAUGUUUCGGCACACAGACCCUGUUCAGCAGGGCACAGGGAGAGUAGAAGAGCAUAAUGCAAGCACUGCUGGUGAUAUCACAACGAGAGGCGGGUUCAGGAGAAACUGGUCUCCUAGCAACCGCCAGAAAGGGGGGAGUGUCUCUCUUCUUAAACAACUGUAGAGCUCUGUGUGUGUGUGUGUGUGAGUGUGUCAGUUUGAGUGUGGAGACCAGAGGAACUGCAGUGUGCUGUGAGGCGUGAACAGGCAGGCAGGCAGGGUAUCUCACUGUGGAUUACUGGAUACAAAUUCCUUUUAUUUUUUUGUUCCUUUGCAUUUCGGUGGGGGUUUGGUGAUCGAGUUUUCAUACCUUAAGGUGAAUGUCUUCCCCGAGUGAUGCCCAGAAUACAGACUCUUCUAUCGGAGGGGAUGAAAGUGAUCACAGUUUGAACAUCAGGCGAGGGGAGGAGGUGCUGGGACGCCCCUACGUGGUGUGUGAUCGAGCGUACGGAGAGUGCGAGAUCUUCCCCCCUGAUGAGGACGGCAUGACGCUGCCCCAGCGAGACGGCCACCGCGAGUCGGACAUGGACAGCGCCAUCGGGAGCAUGCACAGCUCCGAGGCUUCCGACCUGUGCAGGGGAGAUGACAAGGAGGAGGGGCUGGGGGGGCUCUUCCUUCCCACAGACAAGUCUAUUCCACACAACCCCUCGGCUGCGUCGGACCUGUCCACGCGCUCCACCGCCUCGCUCAUCAGCAACGAGGAGCAGUUCGAGGACUACGGGGAGGGGGAGGAUGUGGACUACACUCCCAGCAGUCCCUGCCCUGACGACGAAACCAGAACCAACGGCUUCUCUGACCUUGGCUCCUCCGUGUCCUCCAGUGCCGGUCAAACCCCCAGGAAGACGAGGCACGUCUACAAUAAUGACAUGCUGGAUGUGUACUGCUCCCAGUGCUGCAAGAAAAUCAACCUUCUCAAUGACCUGGAGGCCAGGCUGAAGAACUUGAAAGCCAACAGUCCCAACAGGAAAAUAACAAGCACUGCCUUUGGACGGCAACUGUUUCACAACAGCAACUUCAGCAGCAGCAAUGGCAGCACAGAGGAUCUGUUCAGAGACAGCAUUGAUUCCUGUGAGAACGACAUCACCGAGAAGGUGAGCUCUCUGGAGAAGAAGGUGACGGAGCUGGAGAAUGACAGCUCGCUGAACGGGGACCUGAAGGGCAAGCUGAAGCAGGAGAACACACAACUGGUGCACAGGGUUCAUGAGCUGGAGGAGCAGAUAAAGGAUCAAGAGGCACGAGCAGAGCAGGUGCUGGAGGAGGAGAUCAAGAGGCACAGAGAGGCCUACGUGAAGAUGGAGAGGGAGAAGAGCACAGAGAUAGAGCUGCUCAACAACAGGGUACAGCAACUGGAAGACGAAAACGGGGAGAUGGGCAGCAGCGUAAACAGAUUAAAAUCACAAACAGAGAAACUGGAUGAGGAAAGGCAGCGGAUGACAUACAAGCUGGAGGACACCAGCCUGCGGCUGAAGGACGAGAUGGAUUUGUACAAGAAGAUGAUGGACAAGCUGAGACAGAACCGGCAUGAGUUCCAGAAGGAGAGAGAGGCCACGCAGGAGCUCAUUGAGGACCUGCGGAAGGAGCUGGAGCACCUGCAACUGUUCAAGCUGGAGACAGAGCGACCCGGUCGGGGCAGGAGCGCCUCCUCCAGCCUGUCUGAAUUCAACGCCAAGACCCGCGAGAUGGAGCUGGAGCACGAGAUCAAGCGUCUCAAACAGAAAUUAAUUUCCCAGGAUAUCCCAGCUGAAAUUCAACAUAUUGUUUCCAGCGGGGUCCUCCUUCUCCCCAAUUUGCUGGAGAACCAGAAACUCCGAGAGCAGAACGAUGAUCUGAAUGGACAGAUCCUGAGCCUCAGUCUCUACGAAGCCAAGAACCUGUUUGCAACCCACACAAAAGCCCAGUCUCUGGCCGCUGAGAUCGACAAUGCGUCGAGAGACGAGCUCAUGGAAGCCCUGAAGGAACAGGAGGAGAUAAACUUCCGUCUGAGGCAAUACAUGGACAAGAUCAUUCUCGCCAUCCUGGAUCACAAUCCAUCCAUACUGGAAAUCAAGGACUAGGAAUGUGUCUAUAAGGGACUGAGAGAGAGAGAGAGAGAGAGAGAGAGAGAGAGAGAGAGAGAGAGAGAGAGAGAGAGAGAGAGAGAGAGAGAGCUACACAAAGCAAGAACGAACAAACAGCCUCCAAACAACACCACCUGCAGCUGCUCCACCCGCUGUUACUGCUCAGAAAGUUAUUUUGUGUUUACAAGGAUGUUUUGAUACCUGCUGUAGUAAUCUGUGAAUCACGAAGAUGUGUAUAGUCUUUCGUGCACUUUUUUUUCCCGAUUUUUGUGAAGAAAAAAAAAGUCAAGGCUGCUGUCUUCUUUCAAAGAAGCUUUUAGAGAUAGUCGUUAUAACUGGAAAAUACUAUUACGAUAACUGGGUUAAAAAAAAAAAAAAGCCUACCUCUGGGCAUGAAGGUACAGUGUUAGAUGAAGCCAACGCUAAGCCAGUAACUCAGCAUUAGGUCAGUGUUGUAGUGCUUCCCCAGUAACAGUCCGUGGUGCCUCGUACAGCCAAGUUCUAGAUGUAGCUGCUAGAUCUUGAACUGUUUUACUGUGGGUGCUGCAAGCAGGUCUCUUCCUCUGGAUGUCAUGCAGGGCUGCUGAUACGUUAAGAAGGGAGGCUGCUCUUAAAACUGUGCGGUCGACACACAGUUGCAUCAGAGACUAAUUGAAGGGUUUUGGGAAACAGCAUGGCUAAGGACUGGGACUCCAGGAGUUGAGCUAGCGACUGUUACAGAGUAUACCAUGGAGCACUUUGCAUCUUGUGUGAAUGUUGAACCCCACAGUAACAUAGAUUCCCUUCCCAGGCUUGGCUACCCUCACAGCUCACAAGAACUCACCAUUCUGGGAGUUUGCUAGAUAGCAGUGAGCAAUCAGAGGGCUGGGGAGCUUUGUGACCACAAUGAGAAACUAUCCUCAUCUCUGGUUGAUGAGGAAUACAAAAAUUAAACAUGUCUACUGCCGCCAGAAUUGAAUGUUGCUGGGCAGUCAAAUUGUACAGCUAAAUGGUCUUUAUAUGGAGGGUGGUUUGUAAGCAAUGGACCACUGUCAGAAUGACAGGACAAUAUUAUUAAUACGAAGUGGAGGUGGUUGGGUCUUGGUAGCUUGGUUUGAAUCCCACUCACAGUGCAGGAGCAUGGCAUGGGACCUACAGGGAGCUCUGCGUUGGCUUUGGGGUCUAAAACCAGAAGGCUGUUGCUUCAGGGACCACUGCUGGUGAGGCACAGCGAGACUAGCCCGGCUGGGACAUUGCAUCCAGGGUUUAGUCUCUUGAUAACAUCCGGUGCUGUUCAGGGGGUCUUUGAUACAGGCUGGACUGAAGUGAGCUGUCACUCAAUGGGAGAGAGAGCAAGGUCCUGGAGUUAGGAGAGGACAGGGGGAGGCCAGAACUCAGACUACUGCACGGCUCCCUGCGGUCAUGCUGAUCAAGCGUGUUUCUGCAGCAGCUGUGGAAGCAUGGCCGGGAGACGCACUAUAAGCAGCUCGGGACAUAUUGUUCUGGUGGGUUCUAAGUGUGGGCAUCGCAUGGAAUGAGAAAGACAGACAUGUCUAAACGUCACAUUGCUGAUUUGUGGAUUUCACUUUCCUCCCUUGUUCAAAACUUGUGUAAGGGAUUGUAUCCAGUAUACUCAGGCCAGUAAGCCAACAUGUGGUUGUACCAAUAUCAUGUGACGCUUUAGUGAAGGACAGCUAAUCUGAUACCUGCAAGCGGAAGGCUUCAUUAUUUGAGGGUUCAAGGCUUAAGUGCUGCAAUUUCAGAAUCCUUGGGUUUCAAUCUGGAACAGAAAUCAGGAAAACCAUUUGGAUUUGAAACCUGUAGUAGAUUUCAUGCAACAUGAUUGUGGUUUAGAUCAGCUUGGGCAACCUUUAUUUAGUUAUAACUAAUGUGCCAGUAGCGGCAGUAAGCACAAGGGUGCUGAAAUGCUGGUGUAGGAUAUUUUCAUGACAACAUGUUUCUGUGGCCUGGGGAUCAGAAUGAUCUAUUAUAUCAUGAGCCCCCCCCCCCCCCCCCCCCAGUAAUAUCCAGCACUAGUACAUGCAUUAUUUCAUGGUACACAUCUGCAAUGUGCUGCGUGCAUACACAGGACAGUCAAUUAACAACCUUAACAAAAGGACUCAAAAGGGAACAGGGAAUGAAGGAACCACAAUGGAAAAGCACGCUCCACUUUAGGAACUUUGAAUAAUUGUGUAAGUCACCAGAAUUUAGGCUUCUGCUCUGCAAGCUAUAAUGUAGACCUUGCCUCUAUCCUCAGAGUAAGCAAAUGAUAUAUACAGUACAAAAAGACAUGAUCAUUAAUCACUGUAGGACAAGCUACAGCACACAGGCCUUCAAGGACAGGAGUAGAGCGAGGAAUCGCCAUAAAGAAAAAAAAAAGAAGCAGGUAUGUUUUGGUGUGAACUUUGCACAAUAAACACAUAUGUAAAUGCCAUGAAUGUAUCAUUUCAUAAUUGUGAUUGUUUCAUUUCUUAUAGAAAGUUAAAAAAAAUUACUGAGAUGCUACAGAAGCAGUAAAUGUUGCACAUGCAGUAUUUAAAAGAGUCGUAUGUAGAGAAAAUGUAAAUGCUGUAAACUAUAUUGUGACCAUUUAGUUUUGCUUUGUUGCACAAUCCGUCAUUCUGUUUUUGCAUGUUGUUAUUUUCUGGUAUUUGUGCCUUUACUCAAGAAGUGUCACGACUGUACCUUCUAUUAUUAUUAUUAUUAUUAUUAUUAUUAUUAUUAUUAUUAUUAUGAUAAUGAUGAUGAUGUUUUUUAUUUGGCCAGCUUCUAUAGAAGGCUUUGAUAUUUGUGUGUUCUAAUCUAUGUCUGAACAUUUUCUCAUAAAUUGUAAAUUGUAUAUAUAUAUAAAAAAAAAAAGUUCUUAUUUGUAUUUGUGUGCCACACAUCAAUGUGUAAAACUCUUUUUUUACAGUCUGUGGGAAAUUGAAUGAUGUCAUGCAUAGAGAGGGGGCGCUGUGAAAAAUCUGCAGCACUCAUUUGUAUUUUGAUCAAGAAGCAACUUAUUGUUUGCAAGUUAAAAAAAAAAAGUUUUGUAAAAAAAAAAAGAAGAAAAGAAUUAUGUGAUUCACAAAAGAAAUGUAUUUAACCUUCUGUCUAAUGCGCUGGGUCGUUUACUAUGGGAACAGAGUGGGACCUUUGCGGCUGUCUGUUUUGUGGUUUAAGAAUAUUUAUUUUGCACUGGUCACCGAUUCUCCUGACCUCUGAUUGUUUUGGGGGCUGAUAAAGGGACGUUUCUAUUGCUUUUAACAACCCAUUCUAAUUUGUAUGAGGCAAUACUGCUUUUCUCACCUCCCAUACAAAGGCAAUGACAGCACAAUCACUAACCCAGAAACACCAGGGCGACAGAGAGGCAGGUCCCUACAUCUAGCAGGCUGGUAAUCCGAAGUGUGCUUGUUAGAUCGUACCUGUUUUAAAUACAGUGACGUCUUGCCCACUGUUAAAUAGAUCAGCUAAUCAGCUGCUGUCCAGUUAAAUGAAUUAGUUGCUGUAAACCCUUAAUGUAAAAGCCAAUGGGAUAACAAUAUGAUCCCAGUUUAUUGCUGUGAAUAAAACAUAACAUUACCCUAAAGAAACAGCACAGCAGUAUCAGCCAAUAGCAACACAAUGGGUUUGGAACACAUGACCAGUGGUCCUGAUAGAGGUAGGCCUGUGAAGUCAUGUUGCUAUGGCAUCCUGCUGAUGCUGUCCAUCAUAUCUUAACAACUUUAUUGGAAUUGGUGCUUGUGCUAUUUAUGUGCCACACUUAUCACCUUAUAUUCUUGCGUUCACAUUUCUAGACUAAGACAGCUCCCCAAUCCUCUGUGUUGAGCCGACUCUAAAAUAGCUGUGGAAUACACAAGUGAAGUAGGGAAGGAUAAGGUUAAACUAUACUCUGGAGCUCCUUUUCUAUGAGAAAAUGCAGACCUUGGUUUGCAACAAAUGAAUGAAAGACAGGAUCCAUCUGCAUAUAUUACAAAGGUACACACUAGGCAAGCUUAUCCAAAUACAAUACCCACUCCCUGCUUUUCUCAUUAAACGCAUACAUUAUGUCGGACACCCUCACACACACAUUUAACGUCUGAAGGUUUCUAGACAGGUUGCCCAGUUUUGGAUCACUUGGCUGGGAAUUAUUAUUUGUUCUGAUGUUAUUUAAAGAAUGCAUUUCUAUACUGUUUUGUCUUUCUCCCGCGGAAGACUACAGAAAGAGAGAAGCAAAAGUGUAUAGCUCAGGCAAACUGAUGUGAACUCUAGACGAGAGAAUGUAAAAGCAAUAUUGCCUCUACAAAUGUUUCCAUCACUCUCGCUUGUAACCUUAUCCCUGGCGCCAUGCAAAAGCAUUGAUUUACUGUUGUGUUGUACCACCGUCACAUGUAAUGCAUUCUUUCUACGUCUGUGAGGUUUUGUAUGAACACUGGCCCUGGACGCUAAUGUGACUCCUUACACCGAGUGAUGCUGUAUUACCCUACGCUGUAAAUAUAAUGAUUUGCUUUUCGGCAUGAUUAAAGUAAAAUAUAUGGCA